AUGCUGCCGGACCGCGCUCCACACCGCUCGGGACACCUUAAACUCUUGCUCCUGGUCUUAGCCGUCCUCGUGGCCGUGGCCCAGACUUCCCCAGAUGGAUGGCUCAGAAGGUGCUCUUACGGACUUGGCAGAUGCAGGAUAUCAUGCAGAGAAAAUGAGAAGAAGAAAGGGCUCUGUAUGGGAAAACGGAACUGCUGCCUGAACAAAAACUCGCAGCUGUCACACUUCUCCAAGAACAAAGGCACGACAAAAAGAAGAGUAUGUUAUGGCCCGGGAGGGGGCAGUCGACCAGAAGCCAAGGACAGAGGUCUCAGAAGAAACCAACCCUCUCGACACCUGGUUCUUGGAUUUGCAGCCACCAGAACUCAACACCCCAGCCUGGGCCCUCCACUCAUCAUCUCCACCAUGGUCGUCCUAAAGGCUUUGUGA